CCAUCAUCAUCCUCAUCUUCUCACAACAUCUAUAUCCUCCACCAUGGCCCACGACGAAUCAAACCCAUUCGUCCGCAAGUCGGUGACGCCAAAGACGCCUCGGAGCAAGCGCGAGAGCGCGAGCAUAACGGCGCUUCGUGAUGGGCUCGGGCGCAUGAACCUCGAUGGCGCGGGCGAGUUCGUCUCUGACGUCCCAAAGCGUCGGGACCGGGAGAACCGGGGGCGCGAUCUCGACCGAUUUGUCCCCUCGCGCGGCUCCUCCCUCUCCUCGACCUCGACUCCCUACCACGAUCUCUCGGCCGAACUCUCCUCUACCGCCCCCAAGUCGCGCAUCCUGAGCUUCCGCGCCGCUCCCCCCUCGGCGACGCACGCCACCUCCCAUCUGGACGCGCAGCGCGCCUACCUCCUCCACUCGUCCGCCACCGCGAACCGGGGGACGGGCGCCUCCUCCUCCGCGGCCCCCAAGAAGCGCACUCCACCCUAUAUGCCCGAACGCGUGCUCGACGCGCCCAACUUCACAGACGACUACUACCUGAACCUUGUGGCGUGGAGCUCCGCGAACCGCGUCGCGAUCGGCCUCGAAACGCUUCCGUACGUAUGGGACGCGGAGACGGGCGACGUCAUGGCCCUCGAAUCAGACUCGGAGGCCAUGGUCUGCUCCGUCUCGUGGAGCCCCGACGGCGCGUACCUCGCCGUCGGCAACGACGUGGGCGCCGUCGAGAUCUGGGACGUGGAAGACAACAAAAGAGUGCGCGUGAUGGGGGGGCACAAUGCCCGCGUCGCGUCCCUCUCCUGGAACGGCCAUGUGCUCAGCAGUGGGUGCCGGGACGGCACGAUCUUCCACCACGACGUGCGUGUCGCGCAGCACAAGACGGCCGAGCUGCGCGGGCACACGGCCGAGGUGUGCGGCCUCACGUGGCGCGCGGACGGGCAGCUGCUCGCGUCGGGCGGAAACGACAACGUCGUCAACUGUUGGGACGCGCGUACCCUCUCGAGCGUCAUGGACGAGACGGCACGCCCCGUGCCCAAGUGGACGAAGCGGAACCACACCGCGGCCGUCAAGGCGCUCGCGUGGUGUCCGUGGCAGCCGAAUUUGCUCGCGACCGGCGGCGGGUCGCAGGACCAGCACAUCCAUUUUUGGAGCACGUCGACGGGCGCGCGCACGUCGUCGCUCAAGACCGGGAGCCAGGUCACCGCCCUCGUGUGGAGCCCGCACGCCAAGGAGAUCCUCUCCACACACGGAUACCCCGACAACAACCUCAGCGUGUGGUCGUACCCUGCCCUCACCAAGAUCUACGACGUGCCCGCCCACGAUAUGCGCGUGCUCGCAGCCGCGCUCAGCCCCGACGGGUGUACCGUUGCCACGGGCGCGGGCGACGAGAACCUCAAGUUCUGGAAGAUCUGGGAGGCACGCACGGUCAAGAAAGCCGAUAGCUCUACUGCGCCCUCGAGCCGCAUGCGCAUCCGCUAGUAGUGUGCUGUUCACGUCCCGCCUUUGUAAUCUUAUAACUUUUGUCAUGCAGCCAUUGUCCAG